UAUUUUGGUAAGCCGGUCGUCAAAUGACGCCAUAAAGCUGCGACAGUUUGUGUGCGACAUAGCAACAUGGCUCUGUUUCCAGCUUUCGCAGAAACAGAGAGCACCAAAGUUGAAGAUUCCUCCAAAGAAUUAGACUGGUUGAAAAAUGAGAGUUUUCAGACCAGAGAUGCCCUCUCCAUUCACAGUCAGUAUCUGGAGAAGACCAGUGAGACGCUGAACAAGAGAAACUCAAGUGCUGGCAGAGAGGUGAGCUCUGCAGAGGAGGAGAGGAAGGGAGAGGAGGAAGAGGAUAAUGUGCCCAAAAAGAAGAAGAAGAAGAGUGAAAAGAAGAGGAAAAAGAAGAAAAAGCACAAAAAGAAAAGUGGGAGGUAUUCAGAGAGCAGUGGGUCUGACUCUGAAACUGUCUAUCCCAGUGACCUCAAAAGGGAAGAAGAGGUAGACAGGUCCCGGGCUGCUCCGUUAGCAAGCCGCUUCUCCUGGUUGGAUGACCUCUCAUCACCCACAGAGCAGCCGUUCUGUGUGGACCGUAAAGCGGACCCAGCCAACUGGACCUAUAAGUCCCUUUACAGAGGAGAUGUUGCCAGGUAUAAGAGAAAAGGCAGUUCGUCCUUGGGCCUGGACCCUCGCAGACAGGGAGUCAGCUGGGACGAGUCAGAAUCACAUAAGAAGCAGAAAGGCGGGGACAAGAAGAAAGCGGCAGACCGAUACUUCUCUACAGUCAGCCGCCAGCUGCUGAGGUCCGAGCCCUCUGUUCCUUUAUUACCAACCAUUCCUGAGUGCAGUGAUGCCGUCGCCUUCCUCCUGCUGAGUGAUGAUGAGGAGAACCAAGGAGGAAAGUCUGCUGACAGAGUGCAGACAUCAUCAGUAAACCCCCUCGGUGUGUAUGACUCCUCCACGGCUCUGUGGCUGCAGGGGAAGGGACAGCAAAAUCAGGACGUACAGGCGGGGCAGAGGGCUGCACUGUUGGCCGGGAGGACCGAAGAGUUUAACAGGCGGCUCAGAGAGCAGCCAGCAGACACGCAGCUGUGGAUACAAUUCAUAAAAUACCAAGACGACCUGAGUACGACAGCGUUUGGAGGCGAGGAGGAGCAACAGGGCAGCGAUUCAUCUGAGCGUUCCAAGUCUUCCCACCGAGCAGUCCUGGAGAAAAAGCUAAGCAUCGCAGACCGUGCAGUGGCCACCAACCCUGGUUCCAUAGCUCUGCAGCUGGAGAGGCUCAGGAUCUGCCAAGAGCUCUGGGAGCCCUCACUGCUGGCUAAGGAGUGGAAGAAGCUGGUGUUCCUCCAUCCAAACAGCGCGUCCUUGUGGAGAGAGUAUCUGCUGUUCACCCAGAGUUACUUCAGCAACUUCACAGUGUCAAAAGUCAACUCUGCAUACGGGAAGUGUCUAAGCACGCUCAGUGCUGUGCGUGACGGCAGCAUGGUCUCUCACCCAGCCCUGCCAGGGACCGAGGAGGACAUGUUGGAUAUUUUCACCCAGCAGUGCCAUUUCCUGCGUCAGUCUGGUCACUCAGAGAAAGCGAUUUCUCUGUUCCAGGCCAUGAUCGACUUUACGUUCUUCAAACCUGACAGCGUAAGGCAGCUGUCCACCAAGCAGCAGGUUGAGUUUUUUGAGCCGUUCUGGGACAGUGGGGAGGCGAGGGUUGGAGAGCUGGGGGCCAGAGGAUGGAAAGCCUGGAUGCUCCAGCAAGAGCGCGGAGGGUGGCUGCAGCCAACUGCAGAGGAAGAAGAGGACGAGGAGGAAGAGGACGAGGAGGAGGUGAAGGAUCGGAGCCAGCCCAGACACGCAGUCUGGUUGGAUGUGGAGUCGUCUCGCGAAGCAGUUCACUGGCUGCCCUGGAGGCCUGACAAAGCCAAGGGCCAAUCAGAAGAGGACUGCGAGGACCCGGACAGACAGGUGUUGUUUGAUGACAUCGGUCCCUCCCUAAUUUGUCUGUCCUCACCAGAGCUCGAGCUUUGUCUUCUUCUUCGUUUCUUUUCAUUCCUGGGACUGCCCAUAGACUCUGCGCUCUCUGCUGCCCCUCAUCAGCCUGGUCUGCUAUUGGAGAACCUUUCUUUCCUCACUCAGGGUGAUGAGCUCCGACGUCCUCUGACCUCCAACGACCUACCAGACCCCGGAGUUAACUCUGUAGGUGUCAUGACCACUCUCCAGGGAACAGGGAAGUGGGUGGGUCUCGGGAAGCAGGGCGAGACAUUUGUUACCAAUGUAUUCAACAUGAUCCAGCCUGUCCUUCCCGCUCACCACCGUGCCGUCCUCUCACUCUGCCGGAUACGGUACGAGAAACUCAAGGUCUUGCGCUGCCUGCGUGGUGGCAACAAAAAGCGUCUCCGCUCUCAGGGCAAGAGUAGCAAGCGGGUCGCAAAACAACUGCUGAAAGAACCCGACAACCGCUCGUCGCUGGUGCUGUGGCGGGAGUACGCGCACCUGGAGUGGAUGCUGGGCAACUUUGACGAGGCUCGCAAAGUUUUCUCCACAGCUACAGAGAUAGGGGGAAGCAAAGGGCUGAGGAGCCCCACCCUCUGUGAAUUGUGCCUGCUGUGGGCCCAGCUGGAGAUGGAGGAUGGGGCACAUGUGCGAGGAGGAGGACUGUCCGAUGCCACCAAGUCCCCAGCUGUGUGUGUCCUAACCAAGCUAGCAGAAGAAAGCUCCUCAUCGUCCCCUUCAUCCUCCCAGUCCCUCUCACCGGUUUCUGUCCUGAAAGCUAGGAGGUCAUAUGAGCAGGCCCUGACUGCAGGCUUGUCAGCUCUGGACCAAAACCCUCGCAACCCUCAGCCCACCAAAAAUGGUGAUCAGGAGGACCUGCUCGGAGAGAAGCUGAGAUUGAGGGGCCUGGCAGGUUGCUACGCUCUGUUCCAGUACCUCACAGUGGGCAUUCAAGCAGGUCACGCUGUCUACAGCCAGGCUAGAGUGAAGAUGGAGGAGCUGCACCACGCACUAAUACCUGACAAGCAGCUUAACAGCAAGGAGAAGGCCAAUCUUGCUGGCACUGAUGCUAGCCAGUCUGCGGCUAAUUCGAGCCAUAUUAGCGAGCACUAUGUUAACAGGCUAGCUUCUGAGUGUGAGGCGUUAGCAGUGCAGCAGGUAGCGUUGCUUAGGUACCACAACAACAUCAGUGUGUUUCCAUUGACAACACUGAGGCAGACGCUCACCUCUGCCCUCUCCACAUGGCCCAACAACGCCCCUCUGUGGAGCAUUUAUGUACAGCUUGAGAACCGGUACCAUAGUGCUGGUCGUGCACGUCGCUUUUUUCACUCUGUAACCAGAGAUAACAGCAGUGUGGUGCCACGCCUUUUUGCCAUUGUUGCUGAACAACAAAGGAAGCAGCUGGUGGACGCUGCCCUGAGGUCUUGUGGCAGUGAUGCUGCCUUGUCCAUCCUGCCAGAGAAUGGCCUCAGCAACCGUAUACGCGCGCUGUACGAAAGCACCAUAUCAACAGAGAUGGGCUCUCGCUGUCCUUUACUUUGGAGGAUGUACAUGCAUUUCCUGGUGUCAGAAGGGAAGGUGGAUAAAGCCACAGGGAUCUUCUACAAGGCCUUACAGAACAUACCCUGGGUUAAGAUCAGGGUUUGUACAUGGACGGAGUGCAGCUGUUCCCUGAGCAUCUGCAGGAGUUUGUAGAUGUGAUGACAGAGAAAGAACUCCGACUCAGGCUGCCUUUAGAAGAACUAGAUAUACUGCUGGAGGAAUGAACACACGCACACACACACCUCAUUCAGGAACUUGAGUCUGGUUUACUGGCAACAUGACCACCCUGCAUAUUAGCACAUUUGUUGGCAAGAAGAGGAGACACAUAGCAGUUGCAGUGAUCUUAUCUAGAGACGGGCAAGGAGCCAUCCUUUGUUCAUUUUGUCUCACAAACCCCUAGUACUAUCUUAGUACCUGACACUGUCAGUAAAUCUGAUUCUCUGUUGUAGAUUUAUUUCUGAAUGUGAGCUUACACUGUAUGCACACUGAGGUUAAAGGCCAGUGUUCUGAACGAAAUAUCAUAAAACUCCAUGACAUGUUUAUAUCAUAUGUGAUUAAAGAGAGUAACUCCACAUUCAAGGGCAAUGAAAGAAAGUGUAAACAAAUAAGAUGAUUAAGGAUCAUAAAGAAGAAAUAAAUGAAAAAGAAAUGAUAACAUGACUUGUCAGUUUUUAACUGCAAAUCUUCACAUACUAAUGCUUCAAUUUGUUCACACUGCUUUGGACAUCCCUGAGUAAAGAGACUCUUGAUGAUGAUAAUGAGGUUAAAUGAAAUUGUAUCCCUGUAGAUUGGUGGAAGGUCCAGAUACCGAGAAUAAAAAAAGAUCAGACUGCAGUGUCAAGUUUAGAAAGUUGAUACUUUUAUCAUGGUGCAAAUUUUAACACAGAUUUUGCUCUAUUACAUUUUAUUUUGUUAUGUGAACUGGUGAGCUAUGUGCUGUUGUUGUUAUUUUAACUUUUUGUGAAAACCCCGUCUUGUUUAAAGAAUUAUAUAUCAAACACAGGGAAUUAAAUCUAUUUUUAUUUUAUGUGCCUAUGCUACGUUUCAUGUACUUAUUACCUCUGUGGCUCACAACACUAUUUGGCAAAACACACCUGUGAAUAACCUAAAAGUUUUCCCCAACCCUUUUCUUAUAUUCACACCACUGGAAAUGCUGUACACGACAGCAGUGUCGUCGCUACCUCCAUCCAC